AUCAAAUUCCUUCAAGUACUAAAUCAAUGGUAUCAACGACCAAGAAUCUUUACUACGGAAUAUCAGAGCCACAUGAAAGUUAUAAGCACCCGGGCAGAGACACGAAAUACAAUCCUCAUUCUGGAAAGUAUGCCUUUGAGUAUCAUGUGGCAGAUACUUACUCAGCCAAUGACUUUGGCCAUCAGGAGAUGCGAAAUGAGCAUCUAACUCACGGCAAAUAUCACGUUCGUCUGCCCGAUGGGAGACUACAAAAAGUCAGCUAUCAAGUCGACGACCAGGGCUAUCACGCUAAUGUGUCAUACGACUCCAACGACCAGAACUAUUACAUAUAAUUAAAAAAUCAAUAAUUAAUAUAUAAUUUUACAAAAUUUAAGCUUUAAAU